AUGCAAACCAAAGGCCUCUCAACCCAAGUUCAACAACUCGACGCCAAUGAACUGGAAAGCUCUCAUGACACCAGACAUAUCCAUCAGGUUCAUGAGAUACUUCAGAGCCAAGGACUACUCAAGAUAAACUUGAAAUUCCCUGACGAAUCGAGCACAUAUCUCACACAACUGAUCUCAUCCCUGAACAAGAGCCACAACCAUGGCUUACCCAUCACCCAUAGCUCAACACGAGGCUGGUUCUGGGAUGUACGACCCCAGCCUACGACAACGAUAGCAAAAUCAUCCUCAAAUCCAAACCCUCCAUCAUCCCCACCGGACACUCCCCCAGCACGGUCUGAAACAUCCGAAUCAUUUCCCUGGCACACGGACUGCAGCUACGAAGCAUGUCCACCUAGCUUCUUCGCCCUCCAAGUCCUCCACGCCGAUACCUACGGAGGCGGUACACUCUCCGUAAUGGGGCUAGCCCGCCUCCUGCCGCUGCUCUCCGCCACGGCACGAAAGUAUCUGUCAAGAGCCGAAUACCGCAUUACGGUCCCACCGGAGUUCGUCAAGAGAGAUGAUCAGCGAUCCAUUGUUGGUGGCAUUUUGACCAAUGCCGGUGAUGGGUUGCGUUUCCGUGAAGAUAUCAUUACGCCGCUGACGACUAGCGCGGGCCAGGCGUUCGAGGAGAUGAAAAGUAUGUUGCAGAGCUCUGAGGCCAGAUCGCAGACGAUCUCACUUUCGCCGCAAUUGUUGCCGAGUGGAUCGAUUGUCUUGGUUGGGAAUCGUCAGUGGCUCCAUGCUAGGAACGAGGUGCGGGACCCUAAGAGACAUUUGAGGAGGGUUCGGUGGGAUGCGAGACCAUUUGCGGAGAUUUCACAGUGA